GCGAUUAGGAGUUCUUUUUUCCUAGAAUUCCGCGCUCCCCGCUAAAGAGCGCCUGGUUGUAAGUUUCACAUCCAUCACCAGUUAUCGAGCUUUUGUCUCGGAUAUCAGUAUUUGAUGAGAUAAAACUGGAGAGAUUUCGCCAGAAUACCAAGCCACGAUUUUAGUGCCAACAUACUUACGAAUAAACGGGAAUGAAAAGUGAACAAAAUAGAAAACAAAAAUUACUCAGAAGUAGCAGACGAGUGGGAGACUGGUACUUUAUGUUGACCAAAUAUGGAAUAUUUCCUCCACUCUCCACAGUAGCGAUUUUGCACGAAUUGAGGAGUUCAGCUCAGCUGAGUGUAAAAUCGCUAGGAUCGUCUUGUACCUUCCAAAUGUCUGAUGUAAAUCAGGAGUCAGAGGAACUUGUUUCUAGUUCCAAACUUUCAGCUACUGUGCCUGCAUUUGUCCCCAAGAUAGCAAACAUCAGGUCAAAGCCUUCUGGCAGUGUGGUUGUUGACUCCAAGCUUUCCCCUCUUGUUCCAGAGUUCAAGCCAUCCAAUGUACCUUUCUCUCCUCCUUAUGCCAUUUCAUUUUACCAACCAGAGCACACUUUUGAUGAUCAGUACAACAACCAGAUUGAAUACAAGCAAAAAAACCAGGGAGAUUAUCUAAAAUCCAAGAAAAGCACAGACCAAACUGGUAAGGAUGUUCUUACAAAGAGAAGGGUAGAAAUUAGUAAAGAGGAAACUUCUGUGGAAAAUGCUGCAGAUGAAAACCUCACAACAAAUACAAAGAAAAAAAGACGUAGAAGAAAACAAAAGGAACCUAAUGGCUCUACUCAACAACAAACCAAAGAAGAAUUAAACAGUGAAGGCCAAACACGAGGCCCACAGGAGUUAAAUGAUGUAAACGAUAAAUCUGAUGGGAUAAAACACAACCAAGCCAACUCAACUCAUGAAAGUGAACAGUUUCCCAGUCUGCAACAAAAUUCUUCAUUAGUUGAUUCUUCCAUAAAUAGCACUGAAUACAGAAAAUUGGAUACCAAAAGCUUAAUGGUGAGUUACAGUGACAAAGUCAAGAGUGUGGGAGCCAAAAAUGUGAGCAGUAGUAACCAUAGUGGUAUAACAAUUAAAUCUUGGAUGAAGGAUUUUAUGGAAAAUAACCCUAGUAGGAAAAACAAACACCUUUUGAGCUCAGAUAAUUAUGAGGGCAAGAAGGUAUCAACAGAUAGCUUGAGCUGUGAACAUAAAAAAGAUGAUCAGAGGGAUGAUCAAGAGAAAGGACCAAAGGGAACAUGGAGUGCACUGGAGGAUAGUCAUCAUGAAAAAUUGAAAAAUGGUGAAAUCUCCAAUUUAGGAACUAGAACAGUGGAUCAAUCUUCUAGAAUGGCUAUGCAAAAUAAAAGAAAUUGUGUAAAAAAAUUGACUUCUGAUAAUGAUGACAACUGGAGACUCAAGAGGAAUGAGACUGAUGUUAUGAGACAUUCUACAAUUUCAAGCAAAAUGGAAACAUUUAGGAGUUCAAACAUUCAGAAUACUGAUACUGACUCUGGGAAGAAGAGAACUUUUCAAGAAAAAAUUGAAGUUGAUGGACAGAAAUGUGACACAAGACAUGUUGCACACAAAGAGAGUAGCAGAGUUAUCACCAAGAUUGAGACUCCAAAGAAACAGCAACUCUUGAAUGGAAUAAGUUCGGUUUUAUCAUCAAAUGAGACUGAUACAAGACAGCCUAGUUCAAAUGUUAAGAGAAACUUUCAGUUUAGCUCUCAGGGAACAUCUGAUGAGAAAGAAAGUUCAUUUAUUGGUUCUUCAAACAAUAGAAUGGCAGAAGGUGACUUUCCCAAUUUGUCUGAAAGUGUGAAAAUUAAAAGACCUUUCACUAUUGACAGACAGGCAACUGAGGUUAAGGAAGUGAUCAGUUCUCCCAAACAACCACCAGCUCCUUUGUCCUACAGUGCUGCAUUAAGGGCAGCACCUAAACCAAAGCCAGUUCUAGUCAGUCCCUCACAGGACAGUGAACAGUCUUCCAAAGAGGGUCGUGGAGUGCUGCAUCUUUCAGCAGAAGCCAUAGUGGAUACUGUGGAAGAUGGUGAAAAUCAAAAGAAGAAGAAGAAAAAGAGAAAGAAAAAGAAAUCUGCAGAGACAGGAGAGAAGGCGCAACAGAAUGCAUCAUCCAAACGAACUGAAAAGCCCAUUCAAGUUGAUCUUGGAAGCAUGCUGAAAACAAUUUCAAUUCCUGAACGAACACAAAGUGGUAAAAAGCAUGUGAUAUCCACUGGUGUGCUACCAAGUCAGCUGUCAACAACUGUUGAGGCAAAAUCUCCCAUGAAGAAUGCAUGGUUACAUAAGAGAGGAGAGAAUAAGGUCCCCCAUAACAUGUUAGACUCCACGGCUCCAGUUAUCAAACGUGGCAAAGAGAGAGAGACUCCAGCAAGAAAGAAGCCAAGUGCUCUGAAAAAGAUUAUUCUGAAGGAAAGAGAAGAGAAGAAGAAAGCAAGAGAGACUGGGGGAACUUCAGAUACUGACAAAGACAAUGAAGUUUGUGAAGAUACAGAAAACAGGACAAAUAACUCUGAAUUUGAGAAUGCUGCUUUAGAGGAAGACAUGCAAAGUCCAUCAGAAGAUGACAAUUCUGGGGCACAAGCAUCUUUUCCUACAGAUCAAGAAAUAGCCGCUGAAAUUCACAGCCGUCGUUUUAGAGAAUAUUGCUUUCAAGUUCCAAAUAAGGAGGUGGACUCUGUGGCAACUGAACUGUUAAGAGAACUUGUGCGUUUUCAAGACAGGCAGUUUCACAAGGAUCCAGUGAAGGCCAAAGCAAAGAGAAGAUUUGUCCUAGGCCUUAGAGAAGUCAGCAAACACCUCAAGUUGAGGAGGGUGAAAUGUGUGAUUAUAUCCUCGAAUGUGGAACGUAUCAAAUCUGCUGGAGGUCUAGAUGACACUCUUGGCCGUAUAAUAAUGUACUGCAAAGAAAAUCAGAUCCCAGUGGUUUUUGCUUUAAAGCGUCAGUUGCUAGGCAAAGUACUGCUGAAGAAGGUUCCUGUCAGCAUUUGUGGGAUAUUUAACUAUGAUGGAGCACAGGAUCAUUUCAAAAAACUCAUUGAGCUGACACAGAAGACAACGCAAGCCUAUUUUGAGAAGUGGCAAGAAACUAGGGAAAAACUAGAGCAGUCCCAGAGGGAAUCAACAGCUGAUGCUAAGUUGGAUAGUGCUGGGGAAGGAGAGUACGCCCAUCUUUCAUGUGAUGUCACUGGAGAGAAUGCCUUGAACACACACCAUUUUGAAGAUACUAAUGAAGUUGACGAGGAUAAUGAUGAUGAUGAUGAUGAUGGAGAAGAUGAAGACAAUGAUGAUGAUGAUAAUGAGGCAGAGAGUAGUCAUGACAUUGAAGAGAGUGAAGAUGGCAUGAUAGAAAAUGAUUUAUUUGUUCAGAAAUUGUAGUCAGCCCUUUGGUUUUUAGUUUAACAAGCCUACGAAAAAGACCCUCAUUAACUGAGGUGUUGAUUUGAUUUAGUUUAAGAAUGUUUCAAAAUGUUCAAGAUUAGGGAUGAUGAGCCAUAAAAAUGGGGUCUUUGCUUUGUAAGAUAGAAAAGAUUAGAAGGAGGACUACCAAGUUCAUCUAUUUUAAAUGGAGUGGACAAACCAAACAUUAUAAACUGUAAGGCAUUGGGAGCCAUUUGUGCCAAAAAUGUGAAUUGCUAGUGACAAAUCUCAAUCAUUAGUGCUAGAUAUCAAUCUCUAGUAAAAAAUCUCAAUUGCUAGUGCUAGUAACAAACAAAAAUUGGAAAUCAAUCUAGUUGCCAUUCUAAAUUGGUCAGUGGUUAAUGCAGAACCUCAGUUGCUUGUGUCAUGGCAUCAAAUUCCCAUGAGACUGCUAUUGAAAGCACUAAUUAGAAUCACUGGUGUUCUGAGGCAGAUUGAUUGCACUAAAUAUCAAGUGCAAUUGCAGUUUUUAUUAUCAAUCAAUAGUGUCAAACCUUUAUUGCUUGUGUUAUUUUUAAAAUACAGCAAUUGUAACAAUGUAAAUGGCCAAUGUUGCCACAGAUUGUUUGUGAAACGUCAGUCAUUAAUGCCAGCGUCACUCAAAUAGCUCCUCAUAAGAAAGAACAAGUCAUUGGCUGAGAAAAUGAUUUAAAAGUUUCAAGUUAAAAGGUGUGGAUUUUCGAAAACUAUGGACUUAUGUAAAACAUUAUUGUAUGUUUGAAAUGUAUAUUUAGUUAUGACCAAUUCAGUAAAGAUCAGAACAAGGCAAAAAGCUGUUGUUUUUGUGCAGGAUUUCAUUAGCCACUUUACCUAAAAUACAUCUCAGUUUAUUAAAAACAACUUUGUAGAAAUAUAUUACCAUCUACUUUAUAUUGUAAUUUAUAUGAUUAACUACCAAUUGUACAGAGCCAAAUUUAAUUUAUAGACAUUUGCCAAUGGUUAUUGUUAAUUAUGAUUUUUUAAUAAGUAGUGAUUUAAAAGUUUAUGAGCAGACUUCAUUUGGUCACAAAAAUGAGAAUACUUCUCAAAGAGCAUACACAAUGAAAACUGUCUGCUUAUGCUGGUUAGCUUUACUAGUAUAAUGGUUGGCCAAGUUAACCGAUCUUGAUGCAGAAUGCCCACUGUAAUGCCAGAAACAGAGCAAACAUAAAACUUCAUUAUUGUGUAAAGGACAUGAGACCAAGUAGUGUUUAAUUUAUUCUAUAUUAAUUUACAUGAUACCAAUCAUACUAAAUAAGAUGACAGUGAAGCUGAAGUCUGAUUCUUUAAAAACCAGUCAAUCCAAAUUGUAACAAAUUUUGAGGCACAAAUAUGUAUUGUUCAAACAUGUUCAGAGAUAACAAUGUACCAGUUGACCUUCUUCUAUGAGAAAAUGAAUCUAAAGUUUAUUUAACAGCACACAGUGCAGGCAUGUUUGAAAGUGAAAUUAACUGUAAGAGGUGCGUUACAUGCUAUUCAAAAUUCUUGUUUUUCUUUAUACUUACAUUUAGAAGAAGUUAUUAAACUAGUUAUGUUAAACUCUUAUUCACAAAUGUAUUCUCAAUGUUUAAGUUAUGAACUUUUAUUGGACAAUGUGACAAAUAGGUAGCAAUAGAUGGUGAGUUAUAUGUAGCCAAUCAGAUUACAGCAUUUGUGAUAGAAUGCAAGAAGAUUAAUCCUAAGUUGAUAGAUAACCAAUGUGAUUGUAGUUUUGAUUUUGCUCAGAUUAUCUAAUAUACAAUAUACACAAGUGGAAUUACUGUUUUAUUAAAAUGGGUUACAAUGUAA